AUUGGAGUAGAGCACAGAGUACAGACAGCUCAGCAAUGAACACAGAAAAGGCAGACUGAGAAAAAUAUACACAUCAAAGUUUGAAUUUCCCUUCUACAACUCAACUGACUAGCACAUCACAGAUCUGGUAAAAAGAAAAAGUGAAGAAAAACAAAAUUAACUUCAGUGAAAAAAUUAGGAGUUUGGAAUCCUUCUUUUUGGACAGGAAGUUUUAGCGAUGUGUCAAAACAUUGGUAAGUAUGGGUCGAUAUCUGUUCUACCAGUUUAAAAUUCAAGUAUCUAAUUUUCUUGUUUGUGAGAAGAAAGAUUCAUUAUAGUAGGGAAGUAGCUUUACUCUUUGGUGUAUAGAGUCUCUUUAAAAGAAUAAGCAUCAAAAUAACUUUAGUUUAACCCCUUAAGGACAGAGGGAAUUGUCCAAGUUCGGAACCCAAACAAGACCUAGAAUUUGAGUAAUGUGUGUGCCCCUAUACAUUUUAUAUAUUGAUUUUGAAAGGACAGAGCUUUCUUUUAAUAUCCUAUCUAUAUCCCUAACACAUAUUAAGUGUGAAUAAAAUAUAUAAAAUGAGGGGGAGGGAAAAAUCAUAUCUUUGCCUAUUAUAAUUUUUACACAUCCAUUGCGACUAUCGUAUUUUUUGGAAUAUAGAAUGCACCAGGGUAUAAGAUGCACCCAUAUACUUAUUUAAUGUGUUUUGGGGAUCCACUGUGUGUAUACUAGAUAUGGUUUGUGUAUAGUGGAUAUGGUGUUUGUAAGGAAUGCAGUGUCUGUGUGUUUAAUGCUUGAAGCAUGUGUAUGGGAUGCCGUGUGUGUAUUUGUAAGGGAGGUAGUGUCUGUUUUAAGUGCAUGCAUGUAGUGUGUGUAGAUGAUGUAGUGUGUGUGUGUGUUUUACUUUGUGGGGUGGGAUAGUGGCAGUGAUUUGUGGGUGCUGAAAACAGCAGCAGCUUUAUAUGUUAUCAUAAUUUUUUAUUUUUAAGCUUCAUUUAAUGUAGUUCCCUUUCUCUGUCUCUUAUUUCUGGCCAGGGAUGGUGACACAGAAUUCCCUGGUAGUGUAAUGGUAAAGGCUGCUGCCGCUAUCAACUCGGUAUGGUGGCACAAGCUCCUGCUAUAAACUCCACUGGUGGUCCAGUGGUACCUUGUAACCUCAGCUUACACCUCUGCCAGGUGCAUUCUCCUUUUGUGAGUCACAGUAGAGCCGGCACGUUGCUGUGAUAACCCACGGUAACGCUCUGACAGGCCAGGCUCGCAAGAGGGAACGGACCUGCUAGAAAUACAGACAGCGUGUCUGUUGGGCUCCCUCUAUAAAUACCUAAAAUGGGAUGGGGAGGGAGAUUUUCGAGAUGUAUAUAUAAUCUCAGUUUAUGGAGGGACUGUGUCUGAAAACACAAUAAAUAUGACAAAAAGGCCUGACCUGAACAUAGAGAUUUCAAAGGAUAAUGUAUUUAGAAAUUGUAUCAAAUGUAGUACCAGUGGCGUACUAAGGAGGUGUGGGGGGGGCGGUCCGCACCGGAUGCCAUCAGGCAGGGGGGUGCCACCAGGCAGGGGGGUGCCACCAGGCAGGGGGGUGCCAGCAGGGCUGGCUAGGCUUGGGAGUCUGUGGGCUGUGUGGCUGCACCAGGCGCCAUAGCAGCAUGGGCACCGGGCAGCCGACACAGCUCACACGCAGGGGCAGGGAGCAGAAAACCUGGCUCAGCUGGCUGCACGGAGAGUUGGGGCGGAGCUAGAACGACCAUGGGGGCGGAGCCAAGCCAGAUGUGGGGGCGGAGCUAAAUGCAGCCUCUCUCUGAUCACACAGAGGGGAAGCAGGAAGGAGUCCCUGCUUCCCCAACUACAGCACAGGAGCCAGAGGGACUGAAUCCAAUCCUCCUCCACCCCAAGCUUACUGUAAGUGAGAGAGAGUGUGUGUGUGCUGUGUGUAACUGUGAUUGUGACUGUCUUUGACUGUCUGUGUGAGUGUGUGACUGUGUGAGUGACUGUCUGCCUGUGGUUGUCUGUGUGACUGUGUGUGUGAGACUGUCUGUCUGUGACUGUGUGUGUAUGUGUGACUGUCUGCCUGUGAUUGUGUGUGUGUGUGUGUGUGUGUGUGUGUGUGUGACUGUCUGCCUGGGAUUGUGUGUGUGUGUGACUGUCUGUGACUGUGUGUGUGUAUGUGUGACUGUUUGCCUAUGUGACUAUCUGCCUGUGAUUGUGUGUGUGCGAGUGUGUGUGUGACUGUCUGUGACUGUGUGUGUGUAUGUGUGACUGUUUGCCUGUGUGACUAUCUGCCUGUGAUUGCGUGCGUGUGUGUGUGUGGGACUGUCUGAGACUGUGUGUGGGACUGUGUGCAUCUGACUGUGUCUGAUGGUCUUCCCCCUGCAAUGAGACGGCAGCCGGGAUAUGGUGUCAUCGCGGCCUCUGCGUCAUUACAGGGUGUGCGAGGGACCUGUGCAGGAGGAUCCACUCCAGCCCUUCUAGAGCAAGAUAGGGAGGCUGGGUGGACCUCUUAUUUAUUAAAUGUGUGUAUGUAUGUAAUGUUUGUGUGUGUAUGUGAUUGUGUGUCUGUGAUUGUGUUUGUGUAUAUCUGUGAUUAUGUUUGUGAUUGUGUGUAUCUCUGUGUAUGUGUUUAGUAGAUAGCUCCCUUAUUUGGUGUCCUUAAAUAUUGCAAUCUAAUAUAAGGAUAACAAAUAAGGGAUUUAUCUACUAAACAACUGAAAAUAAGAAAAGGGCUUUUUAAUUUUGAUCCUUUAGCUGUUUAGUAGAUAAUUCCCUGAAUUGGUGCCCGUAUGCAAGAUUUCCAUAUUUAAAGAUACCAAAUGAGGGUGCUGUUUAGCAGAUAGUUCCCUUAUUUGGUGUCCUUAAAUAUUGCAAGCCCACAUAAGGAUAGCAAAUAGGGGAGUUAUCUGCUAAACAAAGAUCGAAGUUAAGAGGUGUCAGCCAGCCCACAACAAGAAAUCUGAGAAUGUGAAUUAUAUGCAAAUGUGUUGUCAGAUGCCAGCGUGCAGAGCACAGUGUUUCUGCGUGUGUGUUUAUAUGCAUCUGCAUGUGUGUAUGUCCGUGUAUGUGUAUAUGUGUAGACAUCUCAAAAUUUCGCCAACACUACACACAAAUACACUCAUGCAUUUCAAUGUCAACACUACAUACAAACCCCACCAUUAUAUAUAGCCACAUCACUGCAUUCAAAUACCACACAACACACAAAUGCAUGCUUGCAAAAACCAACACUACAUACAAACACACCUCUACAUUCACUCACACAUACUCCAUACAAAAACAUGCAUACAUUCACACACAAACACUGCUCAGUGCUAAAUACAUUAAAACAUUUUUUGGUUGUUUUUUACAUUUACAAAAUAGGACCCGCCCCGGGUGCCAAAUGCUCUAGGUACGCCCCUGCAUAGUACUCGGAACACCAUAGCUACUCACACUGUAGUGAUUAUAGAGACGGAGUGCCCUGGCUGCCCCCAUCCUGAUGUACUUAGUCAAACUGUUUUGAAAACUUGGGUUUUAUUAAGCAUUAUGCAGAGCCAAAACUUCUUCCUUACUGUGGUGCAGCAGCAAAAUGAUGUGUUUCGCUCCAGUGGUCUAACCCUUUAACGUGUAACCUAGCCUUUAAAAUGCUUUGCAUAAAACGUAUGAAAACGUUUUAUUUAACUAUAUGUGUCUACGUGUCUAGCCAAACCUAUUUGUUUAUUGGUAUUUUAUCCGUUCUCUAUUUAGACAUGUUCGUCUAGCCUGUAUCUGCUUUUUUAUUUCUUAAAAUAAUUUGUGCGUUGGUCUCUCAUGCCAUGGUUAUGUUUCCUUAUGUUUACAUUCAUAAUACUUGCCCUUGCUGUCUUGGCAGUGCAAGCAUGUAUGUUAUCUUGUGCACAGAAAAAUAAAGAAUUUAAUAAUAAAAAUUGUCAAAUGGAAAAUAAAUGAAGAAGUUGGGAGUGUGUAGGACCUCCCAGUACCUCCUGGGCUCUGGGGUACAUGACAUUUAGAAACAGGAACGCGAGCAAUGUGAUACUGUCCACUUCCUGAAUAGAUUUGCAGAAUGGUAUACAUGCUAAAUGUCACACCUAUUAUCAGAAUAACUAGCACACACAUGCAUAUUUUAAUUCUCUCUGUGCUACAGAAAGACAGACAAUAAAAGGGACCUUGAGACAUGUAUGAGGAAGCAAAAAUACAGAAAAAGAUUAUCAGAGUUAUUUACUAAAGUGAGAAUUCAAAAUGAAUUUUACAUUUAAGGUAAAAGUAGCUAGGCCUUCCAGUUUGGCUACUCUUGCUCUAAAUGUGAAAUUUACUUUGAAUUCUCAAGUUAGUAAAAAGCGAUGUAAGUUUCUUUUCUGCUGGUUAUUUGUAUUUGGUCACAGAAGAAAAAGUCAUGACAGGUGCAAAGAUUUGUAACCUAUUUACAAGAAAAACAAUGUUAACACCCUCUAGUGUGUCCUUUCUUGUCCAUUGUCCAGUUUGCUGUCCCCCUAACUUCCCCCAGGGUGGUUUUAUGGCUCAGUUUACCUGACCUUACUAACCUAUUCACUUUUAACUGUCCCAAAACUUUUUUGCCAUCUCUCUCUUUCUAUAUGACACUAUUCUUGUCACCCUUUUGUCUUUUUUUUUACCAUUUCUUUGAAAUCUUUCCCUCUGCAUUUGUCUUGUACACUAACAUUAUCAUAGUCUCCCCAACAUAUUCUAACAUUUUCCUUAUCUCCUUUUUCUACUGCAUACUUAUCCUCUUCCUAUUUUUAUCCUUCCUUUUCAUGCCUCUUUCUAUUUUUAUCCUUCUUUCUCUGUAUAUAUCAUAGUUUCUUCCCACCUCUCCAAACUUUUGGUCUCUCAUUAGUCUUUUUUUUAUUACAUGUUUUAUUAUUAUUCCCCUGCCAAUCCUCAAGCAGUCUCUUGGAUUCAUCCAUGUCCAGCUUAUUUUGGAGUCUCUUCUUUACACACGUUAGUCCUGUCCAUUUACAUCUCCAUCUUCUAUUCUCUCUUCUCCAUGUGGGUCCUACACAGUCCUCCUCCAUCUUCACCUUUGUCCUCUAUUCUCUUCUUACUAAACAACUUUAUUUCCAUUAUAAUUUUUCUGUUUGCUAUAUUCAUGGCACUCCCUAUUAUCUUACAUUUGGGCAUUAUGUCUGGUAAUCUGUAGUCUGUCGGUAAUCAUGGUCUGGACCUGUACUGGGUACAGAUCACUUUCAGUGCUUUUUAUGAUCGUUUGCCAAGGUCAGUAAACAUACAAAAAGUUGCUGUCAAGUGGCAAGUUCUAAAUAGUGUGCACCAUUUUAGCAGAUCCAGAUUAAGGUUUCCCAGGACCCGAGGCAGUGUUCCAGAUUGAGGCUCCCUUCUAGAGUCCUGUUUAAGGUUCUGUUUCUGUAAAUGUUUCUGGGUGUUGUAUGUGUCUGUGGGAGACUGAGCGAUGUGUGUGUGAAGGAAGCUGAGAGACAAAUGGGGGAGAGGGCAAUUUGUGGCUAUGUCUGCUGGUUGAGUGUUCUGUGUGGUGGCUGAAUUUUGUUUGUGAAAGAGUCUGAGUGUGGUGUGUCUAGGGGAGGCUAAGUGGGACUAAAUGUUGUGUUUGUCUAUAGUUUCUGUGUGUGUUGGGGAAGAACGUUAAAUGUGUGUGUAAAAUUUCUAUUUGUCUUCCUCCUACUUACCUUUUGGAAUGAGAGAUGAUAUCCCUGGUGGUACUGUGGGGAAGCUAUUGUGGUCUGCACCAGUAUCGGUUCAGGUCACUUAAUGUGCUCCUUAGAAGUCCAGCACUCAUUUAAUGACUCAGAGGGCUGAUCCGCUCUGAGUCAUGGAGAAGCACUGAGGAACAGAGAGGGAGCACUUAAAGUGACCUGCACCUGAUAGAGCAGACCACAAUGCUCCCUCGAGGUAGUGAGGGAGUGCAGGUCAGGGCAGCAAAAUCAAAAGAUCUCUCACACUGGAAGGACCUUCAGACCCAAACAGCUCCAAGCCCACUGCCUAUGCCACCUUAUGGAUAAUCCGGCUCUGGGUCUAUGCAAAAAUUGUGUUGUAUUGAUUCCUUUUAAAACAAAUGCUAAUAUAACAAAAGUUUUAUGCUUUACUGACUUUUUUUUAACUUACUUUUUUUUUUUUUUUUUUAAACAGGUCCGUGCUAAACCACGACAUGCUCCAUGUAUAAAAACUUGUCAUCUUAUUUUUUGACUGGUUUCCUGUUAUAGCCAGGAGAAUGAAAUGGGCUGUGAUCUCUGUGAAUUUCUCUCUAUUAAUAUAUAUGUUCAUGCCAAUAAAUUCCAAAGAUGAGUCUGUAGGAAAAAAAAAUCCCAAUCGGCUCACAAAAAUCCUACCAGAUGCCUCCCACCUGGACACACUACUUGAUUUAUCCCACAAAAAUAUUUGUUGCCUUCAUGUUGAUGAUUUUAGAUUAUUUACAAAGCUAAGUAUUUUGAAUCUUAGCCAUAAUCAAAUUGAAGAAUUUGAGUUUGAAGUGUUCCAAUUUAACACUGCUCUAGAACAGUUGGACUUGUCACACAAUAAGUUGACUAUAAUAAGAUGCAAUUCUUUACAUUUGAUCAAAAACUUAAAAACAUUAAAUUUGUCCUAUAAUAACUUUGCAACUAUGUAUAUUUGCAAGGAAAUUUCCCUUUUGUCAAAGUUAGAAUACCUUGGGUUAAGCGCUGUCCAGAUACAGAAACUGGACUUCAUUAAUAUAGCACACAGAGAGCUCCGAUAUGUUUUUUUAGGGAUUGAAAACCUACAGGAAUAUGAAGUUGGAAGUCUCCAGUUGCUUAAUACCAGUAAACUUCAUAUUACUUUACCAAUAUAUUUGCAAAGUCCAUUUCUUCUGCAUGACGCAUUGAAUACUUCCACAACUUUGGAGAUUUCUCAGAUUACGUGUGACGCUUAUUUUUGUGAUUACCCCACAUCAGCCUUAUCCAAGAUCAACAAACAUUCGAAGGUAUCAACUCUAAUUCUGAGCAAUAUAACUAUGCCAUGGAAUGAAAUGAGUAAUGUUCUCCAGGCAGUUUGGAGAUCCUCAGUUCAACAUUUGUACAUUUACACAUAUACCCUUGUACAUGAGUUUGUAUACAAACAAAAAGACUUUUCCAAUGGUUCCCUCAAAUCUCUAGUAAUAGAUCACGUUAUCCAGAAGGUAUUUUUUUUCACACCUCCUCACCCAUUAAAUAUAUUUUCAGAAAUGCUUGUUGAAAAUUUCACCUUUUCCAAUGCUGACAUAACACACCUGUUCUGUCCACCUUGGCCAAGCAUUUUUCGAACCCUAAAUUUGUCAAAGAACAGAAUCACACAUGAGAUUUUUAAAGAAUGUGACAACUUAACUGCUCUGGAACUUCUAAAUCUACAAAGUAACAGAUUACAAAAAAUAUCAAAAGUUAUUUCUAUGACAUCUACAAUGAAAUCUCUAAAAUAUCUAGACCUCAGUCAAAAUAUCAUAGAUUAUGAUCAAACUGAGAAAUGCAAUUGGACAGAAAGUCUUGUUUUUCUAAACUUGUCUGAAAACAGAAUUACUACUGAGGUUUUUGCCUGUUUACCGAUUAAUGUUCAGAUACUCGAUCUUUCUAUGAACCAGAUUACAAGUGUCUCCAAAGGUCUUGAACAUCUAACCUUUUUGAGGGAACUAAAUCUGGCUUCAAACCACCUUAAAGAUAUCCCUGAUUGCCACCUUAUGAGUCGUAAUCUUAGAGUUUUGAAUGUUGAUGACAAUGGUAUUUACUCUCCAUCUGUUGCAUUUUACCAAAGCUGCCAAUAUAUCAAAACAUUAAGUGCUGGACGCAAUCCAUUUCAAUGUAAUUGUGAGUUAAGGGAGUUUACGCAUAUUGAGAAGAUGACACCAGGAAAACUUUCUGGAUGGCCUGAUUCCUACAGGUGUAAAUAUCCAGAAGACUUUAAAGGUGUUCUCCUGAAGGACUUCUAUGUUUUCGAAAUAUCAUGCAACAUAUACAUAUUAUUAGGUAUUGUGUUGGGUAUCCUUUUGGUAGUGCUGGCUAUUAUCAUCUUUUCUUGUAAAUAUUUCGACUUACCUUGGUAUAUCCGUAUGCUGUUUCUGUGGAUUCGAACAAAGCACAGAGUGAAGAACAUCAACAAGCAUGAACUUGAAAAAGGCAAACGGUUCCACGCCUUUAUCUCUUACAGCGAAGAAGAUUCAGAAUGGGUAAAAAAUGUUUUAAUACCUAACCUUGAAAAAAGUGAUGGCUCUAUAAAGCUUUGUCACCACGAAAAGCAUUUCAUUCCAGGCAAAACUAUAGUUGAAAAUAUUAUACUUUGUGUUGAACAAAGUUUCAAAUCGAUCUUUGUUUUGUCACCCAAUUUUAUUCAAAGUAAAUGGUGUCACUAUGAACUACACUUUGCCCAACAUGCAUUAUUCGGGAAGAAUUUUUACAAUUUGAUUCUAAUUCUGUUGGAUCCUAUACCACAGUAUUUGAUUCCCAAUAAAUACACGAGAUUAAAAGCAAUAAUGAAACAGAGGACAUACUUGGAGUGGCCAAAGGAAAGGGGAAAACAUGCACUUUUUUGGGCUAAUCUUAGGGAAGCUAUUGGUGUAAAUCUUACAUCAGAUGAAGAGGAAGAUAUUGACUGGGAUUUCAAGGGGGCCAUUACACCUGUGUGAUUAUCCUCUCAACACACAUCGUAUCAUUGCCUCAUACACCACGUGGCACAAACUUUAUUUUGUACUGCAACCCUACUGUAUUAUUUUUAUUCACAUCAUUUCCUGUUCUUCUUUGGUUUACAAUUUGUUUAAACCACAUCAUUUACAUUGCUAUACACCCACCAGUUUUUCUUUUAUCACCUGUUUUAUAUUAAGUUAAGUACUAUUAUCUCACGGAUUCACAUACAUCUUUUUCCUCUACAUAGGUUUUGUUAUUAACAUUGUUGUACUUCUGGGACCCUUUCUGUUCACACAGAAUCUGUGUGAAAUAUAGCGAGAUAAAGGCACUGCAAACUGUCUUAAGCUGUUAAUUUUCCAGAUAUUUUUAUGAAGUUAUUCUGCUAAUAUUUUUUUCAAUCAAAAAGUGCUUGGUAGUGAAGGGGUUAAGGUGGUGUGAAUUUAGAGCAGGCCACCACUUGACACCAUGAGAAGCACGUUGUAAUGUGAAGCCCAGGUACAUAUUGUAAAAGUUCAUUCAAUGCCAUGGUGAUUCGUCACUCGUGUGUGGCAAAACAUCACAUCGUUUAUCACAUAAUGCUAAUGUGCAUGGUGAUUUUAUAAAAAUAAAA